GUGAGUAGGCCGGCGGCGCUCCCCGAUCUGCUCGUCCUGCCGGCCGCGGCGAAGUGAGGCUCCAGGAUCCGCGCUCGGGGCGGCCUCGACGCAGGUGCUCGGUGUGCCCGGCCGCCCAAGACUCCGCCUUCCUCACGCUAGUGCGUCUGGAGAGGAGGAGGGGGCGGCACGCACAGCCGUGCCCUGCCGUCGGCGACGACGGCGCGGCCGUGCCCUCCGACGCCGCUCUUCUGCGCGCGUGAGGACACCAACUCCGCUCUCGACGACGACCGCACCAUGGAAUGGAGCCCUUCAAGGAAGACUUUGGGUUGCUUGUAACCCGCCAUGUCACAGAUAGGGUGCCUGUUAGAAAUCUUCUAUGGGGGUAACCAACAAGCGACAAAUAUUCAGUCUUGAGGGCGCAAGUACUGAAGCUAUGAUCCAGCUGUUGAGAAUAACUGAUAAUCAUGGUGUCUUAUGUGUAACUAUUUUCUUCAGAAAUCACCAAGUACUUAUGAUUGUUACUUGGUCUGGACUCAAUACUCAAGAUGUGGAUGUUUUCUCCUAUAAAACCUGCUAUGCUACCCUCCCUCCCGAGGCACCUACGUGCCCAAGCGAUUCUGGGGUGUUCAAUGAUUUUACUAUGCUGGCUGCUAAAGCCCAAUCAACAGAAGUUGUGAAUGUGUGCUCCAGAUGGGGUGGUUUUGCUAGAACUUUCAGUUCCUCGGUGGAAAGCCAACUGGAAAUGAGGUUACCGGAAUAGAUUUUGGAACAAGUAAUUAUUGUAUCUAUGUUAUGGAGGGAAAGGUUUGUGGCUGUGACAUCUUUGUUUACAACAUUCAUGUCUAUGUGAAAAGUGCAGGCAAGUUUCUCUUUCAUAAGAAAAUGGUUCAUAGAGCACACACUUGUCUGUCACAAGUGAGUCGGUGAGGAUACCUAGCGGUAUAUUUGUCCUAUUACGAGUAACUUAAUGUUUGUCAGCGUUUGAUAAAGCAUAUGGGUCUCCUAAUCAUCGUUUGUUACUUCCUAUACACAUAUUUUCAAGAAGCAGGUUCUUGUUGCAAUGUGAGGUUCACUUUCGGCCAUCUGUUUUAUUGAGGUAGUAGUUGAUAGCUGUAUGAUCUGAUGAGUGUUUAUUCUGCAUACAUCGUACCACAUAUGUUGAAUUGUGUGGUAUGAAAACAUGGGAUUUUUGGUACGCAACUAGUAGGCAUGAUGGAGUAGUAAUAUGCUUCUAGUAUAGUCCAUAUUUUAAAUGGUUGAUUCGACAGUUGGUUGCUUCGUUUAUGUAAGCGACUAUUCCUGGAUUUGGUCUCCAAGCUCAAAUUGUCGAUAACAAUUGCAAGAGAUGGAUGCAUGGUACUGUUGUCAGAGGUUUCCUUUGUGCAUUGGUUUCU